AUGUCUGAGCAAGGCAAAGAAGAUGAACAGCUACUCCAGGAUGCAUCGACGCUUCUUAUGUUUGCAAAUGUAGCGGCCAAACAACUGCACGGUCAUGGUGCUCCAACCCAGCAACCGCCUCAAUUUCACCAAAAACCAAAUCUUCCCCAUAUAAAAGACCUCAUGAACCCAACCGGACCACAGCAUCCACCGUAUCAACAAAAUGGGGCAAUCUAUGGCUCAGGACCACUCAGGCUGCCUCCUCUUGUCGGUUCCAUGCCGCCUCGACUGUCAGCUACGUCACAGAUUCCCCAGCUUGGUACUCAGUAUAACGGUCCACAAGCCGCCCCACUUACCCGGAUGGCGGCUCCUUCCAUCAUGGGCCAGCCGCCAGCUCAUCAAAUUCAUUCUCAUCAUCAACCACACAGCCAUGCACAGCCUUCAUCGGGCCCAACACAACACCCUGAAAAAGAAAGGCCCACAAGGCUGCCAUAUGCAAACAUAGAGCCCAAACCGCCUUUACUGCCUUCUGUCCAGUUUCAGCGCUAUUCUGAAAGCCAGCUGAUUCCAUCGGUACCACGUAAAUCUCCAUCUCCACUUGCUAGCGUUGGACCGAUUAAGUCUCCUGGGGCUGUCAAAUCCCCAGGCGUUGCCAAGUCUCCAGGAAAGUCUCCUGGACCGGCUAGUGUUGCUUUAGCGAGGGGAAUCAACUUGGCUUCUGGGGAGAGAAACAACGACAACGCACACUUGGCCGCUGCUGCACUUGCGGCUGCUGCAGAUAUGCCACUUCCUUUGCGUAGGGAUUCUUUGAAAAAGGAGAAUUCAGAAGAAUCACCGACGCAGACUCACCUCAAACCAGCUUUAGAAACGGAAGAAGACUCGGAAAAGACAGAAGAUGAACUGUCCAGAGCACUGAUUCCUCCCAAAGACCCCACAGAAUCUAAAAAGUCAAAUGAGGCACCAGGAAAAGCCCUGUUCUCAUUUACUGUGCCUCCAUUAGAUCAAUACCGAGUGGAUCCAGACGCUGGCGUCAUAGGAUGCAUUUGUGGUAUAGAGGACGACGAUGGGUUUACCGUGCAAUGUGAUAUAUGCUUCAGAUGGCAGCAUUGCAUUUGUAUGGGCUUUUAUUCCAGUGACGAGAUCCCAGAAGAUGAGUACAAGUGCUAUUUCUGUGACACCUCCAAGUGGGGCAAAAUGGAUCCAGCUACUUGUCGCGAGGAGACCAUAAGGCGCUUAGAAGCAGAACAAGAUGACGAAAACGUGAAAGAUGGCGAGAAGCCCAAGCGUAAACAAUCGUCAGAUAGUGCCGAUACUUCUAAACGACGGAAAACAGAAAAGGGGAAGGUCGAUGGCCUCAAAUCAGCUGAUAGAAGAAAGCAAUCUCGAGAAAACAGCUCGUCAUCACUCUACGUUGUAAAACCUGAACCAAAGCCGGUUUUCGUUAGCGAGGACAAUGACCAAGUAAGUGAAGGCAAUCAUGCUGAACCUUAUCAAUCUGUCUAUUAUAAGUUGAAGGCUAAUGAUUUCAAAACCCCACACAUCAAGGAAUUGCUUAGCUCUUUUGGUACAGGUUUAAGUGAAAAACUGCAGACUGAUAGUCCUCGCAUUGUAUCACUUCAAGAGUUCAAAAAUUUGAAGUUGGCUAGAAUCCUUGGAACCAAGAAUAACCGUGAACCUGUUAUUGGAAAUCCUGAAUAUGUGGUUCAAGUUAAGUGUUAUUCCGAGAAUGCAAAGCAAAAAUUCAAUGGAAUUACAAGAAUGGGUCUCUACAUAUCUCAUUCUGACUUUAUGCUGCACGACGAAGAUAGUGUCAGUACUGAUGCCACAGAAUCAAAAGAUGUAAUGAGCAUUGAAAUCCCUGAAGGGACUCCAGUCAUUGAAUAUCUUGGCGAAAUUGACAAGUUUGAUAAUUACAAAAAAGACCUGGUGAACCAGUAUGCAUUAUGGGGCUCACCGAAGCCAAAUGUGAUUAGAGUCAAAAUUCAAAAUGAUAAUGAGAGUCCCUUGGAUCUUGUUCUUGAUGCUAGGUUUGUGGGAAAUGAAGCAAGAUUUAUACGGAAAUCAUGUCCUACCACAAGUAAUUGCAAAGUUGUUCCUAUGUAUGUGAAGGACUCCAACACGUUUAGGUUCAUUGUGGUUACAACGAAACCCAUUCAAUUAAACCUGGAAUCGCCAGACGAAGAGUUACGUUUGGAUUGGGAGUGGGACGAGACUCACCCUAUCCGGAAAAUGUAUGGUGAUGCAUUGCAUUCUAACACGGGAGUGAAAUUUGAUCAGUUUAGUGACGUUGAAAAAUCGGUAUUGAUAUCUGGUGUCGACAACAUUUUAAACUUUGUUGAAUGUGGCUGUUCAAGCUCUUUGGUCAAUGAACAUCAUAAUGCUAAUAAUGAUUGUGCCAUUUUCAAAGUUAAAAAAGCAACUUCAUAUCUCCUUCGUUCAACGAGAAAGGCAUCUGGUAUUAGCAAUGUUAACAUUACAAAGUCGAAGGAUGAGCUCAUUCCAAGACAGCCUCGAGAGUUCGUUUCGUGGGAACAAAAAUUGAUAGAGAGAGAAAAGGGUAUAAGAAUGGAGUUGCGUAUAACAACUAAAGAUGGAAGUUUGACUGCUGAAGACACUCUGGAUCCAAAAGAUUAUGACGACAGCAUUACCAGUCAGUCGAAUGACGAUAACGUGUCGGAGCUAUCAUACAAGCAGCAGCUCAUGAAAAAAGCGAGAACAGCACCUAAACUGGCAGAAGUGAAGCAAUCCAAAACUGAUGUGGAAAAAGUAGAUAUUUCCCAGCUUCCUAUACCUGUUUCGCAAAAUCUUAAGGCCAAGGUUGCUGAAACCAUCACUAAGAAAACAGAAGGGGCUGAGAUCUCUAGUGCUAGACCCCAACCUGCUGCCAAGCAGGAGAUUAUCGCAGAGGUUCCACUUGCUACUAAAGCUGAAGAGCCUGUCAUACCUUUAGCCGAGGAAGCUCCCAAGGCAAUACAAGAAGAGCGACCAGCACCCAAGGUGAAGAAGCUUUCUUUUGCAGAUUACAAAAAGAAAAUGAAAUAG